UUUACUCUCAAGCUAAUUCACGUUCAUCACUGCAAGAACAGUGUCACUUCAGUAUUGUUACAGGAAGGUGUGCAUGUUGUCGGUCAAGAAAAGCGUAACAUUUCGAGUUGUGACAGUUUUCGUGCAGUAAGAUUCGUUAUGAACCCAGAGCAAGGAUACCGAGGUAGAAAAAUUCUAGCAGCUGCUAUUGCUGCUGCUGCUGAAAUUGAAAAAGGACUAAAUGGGGAAUUUCAGCAAUUAAAACAUACGUGUCUAGUGUCUGGAAUCUCCACGAAAAUCCCGAAGAGUGGGCAGAGUUGUGAAUUAAAAAACGAGGAAGGAAGCAAAAAACUUAAAACUUCUGACAUGGAAGUCGAAGAAACCUGCUUGAUUGGUGAAGUGGAGAACACUUUAGAAAGCGUGAAACCUAACAGAGACCUCGGCGAAAAAAGGCUGCAAACUGAGUCAAACGACGACGAAAGUCAGAUUUAUGAAGAGAAUAAUAAUAUAGAAGAAAGCGAAGGACAAGAAAAUGUGAUUGAAGUGCCGGAUUUUUCCAAAGUGAUAGUACAGGAAGAUCAAACGACACAUUUUAGACCAAAGUAUGGUGCAGAAGAAACCACAGAACAAGAAAGUGCCACGAAAGAGACGGAAUUGAACAACGACACAGUACCAGAAGAUCAAGGAUCACAUUCGAAAUGGCAGUGUGUUGAAAAUCUGCAUACAAUGCGAUUGAGGCUCCAACGGGUCAAACCAAGUCCACAACAAAAAGAAUCAUUAGAUGAAAGUGCAGAUGAUUCAGACAUAGAUCCAGAUUUUCAUUAUACAUCAUCUCCUAAUUCUGAAAACACGUCCGAGUCAUCAGGAUUGGAAGAGAAUGAAAAUAUUAUUACUAACAAGAAAGAAGGUGCCGAAUCAGACAAUACCCAAACAGAUAAUAAGCGAAAAGGUAAGAAAAGGAAAGCCAAUCCAGUUGAGUGGAAGAAGACUAAAGCAAAAUUUCUCCGAAAUGCUGGAAAACCUUAUACAUCAUCAUCAAUUCGCAAAACAGAAAUGCAGGCAAGAAAGGUACGGCCAGCGUGUGGUGAAAAAUGUAAGCUAAAAUGUUCAAGAAAAAUUGAAGAAAAUAAAAGGCUCGAAAUAUUUGAAAACUACUGGUCACUCGAAAGUCUGAAAUCCCAACGAGAAUUUAUCUGUAGAAGUAUGACCGCCGUCAGACCUCAGUAUCAGUACAAGAAAGAAGGAAGUAGGCGCCAAUGUAACCAUGCAUUCCAUUUCGUAAUCAACGAAGUAAACGUACGUGUUUGCAAAUUUUUCUUUAUGGCCACGCUGGACAUCAAUAACCGAGUUAUUAGAACUGUAGUAACCAAAUUAAACGAAGGAUUUCUUCAAGAAGAUCUAAGGGGUAAACACGGACACCACUUCAAAGUAGAUUCUGCAAUAAAAGAUGGUGUUGUUGCUCAUAUUAAUACUAUCCCAAGAAUUGACAGUCAUUACCUGCGCGCGCAAACUUCUCGGGAGUUCAUAGAGGGUGGAAAAAGCCUGGCUGAUUUACACCGUGACUACAAAAACGAGUGCAUUGAAAAAAACCUUCCGUUUGCAAAUCUGACGAUGUAUUCCCGAAUUUUCAAUACCAAUUUUAACAUCUCUUUUUUCACCCCCAAAAAAGAUCAGUGCGACUUAUGCAGCUCGUAUAACAACGCAAGGGUAGAAGAAAGAGAAGCGAUACAAGAGAAAUAUGAUAAACAUUUGAAGGAGAAAGUUUUGUCAAGAACAGAAAAAGAAGAGGAUAAAAAGAAGGCAAAAGAAAGCGAAGGAAAAAUUAUAGUCGCCACUUACGAUCUCCAAGCGGUGCUACCAGCACCAAGAGGAGAUACGUCUACCUUUUAUUAUAAAAGCAAAAUCAACAGCUACAACUUAACUAUAAAUGAACUUCAGUCAGAUAAAGUCGAGUGUUUUUUUUGGCAUGAGGGUCAAGGAAAUCGAGGUGCCAUAGAAAUCGGCACUUGCAUUCUGAAAUACUUAGAAGAAAAAGCUAAAACCAGAAAUGACGAUAACCUUGAAAUUGUUUUCUACUCCGAUAAUUGUUGUGGCCAGCAAAAGAACAAAUUCAUAAUGGGCAUGUACCUGUAUGCUGUGCAAAAAUUUAAAAUCAAAUCGAUCACACAUAAAUUUUUGAUCAGGGGACACACACAAAAUGAAGGAGACAAUGUGCACUCUGUCAUAGAGAAGUCAAUUAAAAGAGCUCUUAAAUCGGGUCCCAUCUAUAUUCCUACUGAUUACGUCAGAUUAAUUCGGUCUGCAAGGAAAACUGGAAAUCCGUAUAAAGUAACAGAAUUGAGUUACGAGGAUUUUGUCGACUUAAAAAAACUCUCUGAACAGAUAGGAUCAAAUUUUAACAAAACAUCAAACAACGAACAAAUAAAAACUAGCGAACUAAAAGUAUUCAAAGUGCAGAAGACUGAUCCUGGCAUUAUUUUUGUGAAAACUACAUACGAACAAAAAGAUUAUGGGCAGAUCAAUGUCAAUAAUACCAGGAGAAGGCAAGAGGGCAUCUCUACAAUAAAGUGCGUUCCGGCAUAUAAGAAAAAAAUGGAGAUUUCUGCCAUAAAGAAAGCUCAUAUCAAAUCACUUAUCUCAGCAAAAAGUAUUCCCACGUUGUAUAAGCCCAUUUAUGACUCGAUGUUUGCAUGAAUUGUGUACUACUCUAUUUUCAUGUAAUUUUUUUGUAUUUUGAAUAAGCUAAUAAAGCACUUAAUUUAAACUUCCUUUUUUAUUCUAAUUAAGUGGGCUUGGAAAGUGACAUAAGUAUUACUCAAGGGGUCACAACACAAAACAACUGAUUUUAGAAAAGCAAGAAAAGUGACAAAACUCAGAGACCUGACCUAACCUGACCUGGUAAAACCACAUAUUUAACAAAAACUGAUUUACAGGUCCAUGAUAUUAUUCUAUAGAUUAUAAUUGAAUUCACUACCAAAAAUAACUACUUGAAAUUUAAAAGGAGCUUAUACUAUUUUAAUAUGAGUUUUGUAGUUUUCUUUCAUUUGUUAUUUCUCAAAUACUGCAUUUUUGAGUUGCGUCACUGUUCUUGCCGGGGUGCGAUAUGCAGUCCACGGAGUGAAAAAAUAUAAGGAUUAUAUACUUAAGUCUUAUGUUUGUAACAGAAGCAAUUCGAAAGGAUUUGAAAGUAAAAAUUCGCAACGAAUAGUGAAAUCAAGCGGUUCCAUCAAGAUCUAUGGAGUAUGUCCAUCUCGUAUUGAGACUAAGAUUCUGCAAACAGGGCAGACUAUUUCAAGAUUUUGGAAAACCCAUGUAGGUCAUGAAGAGGAUACAGGGACACAACACUUAUCAAAACUUGAUAAGAAAGAAAUUGUCAAAAAAUUGUGUGAUGGUGUUAUUGUAGAAAGGAUUAUCUCUGACGCAAGGAAAGUGAAAUCAGAAGAAUUGCACAGAUUGAAUUUGAUAAAUAGGAAAGAUAUAG